ACCGGCUUCGCUCCCCCGUCGGCCCGCGCUCCAGCUGCGCCCGGCCUGGCCCUGGCCCGGCUCGGCCCGGCCCUGGCCUCCAAGCGAAGGCGCCGCUGCCGCCUGGGCCGCUCCCAGGGCCAUGAGGAGGCGGCGGCAGCCACUGCGGCCCGCGUCAAGGUGACCGGCCGGGACUGCGGCGGCAACGAGAGCAGGCGCAGCUACUGUUUGGAAGAGACGUGCUGGGAUGGGUUAUCCUAUUGGCCUGGGAUUAUGAAGCCCAACAUGUGUUCCUGGACUUCUCCAGACAGGUUAUGUCACCGACAGAGGCUGCCCUGAAGCUCCCUGUGGCCCGGAGACUAUGUACAAGAGGAAUGGUCUGAUGGCUAGCGUGUUGGUCACCUCCGCCACUCCACAGGGCAGCAGCAGCUCAGACUCUCUGGAGGGCCAGAGCUGCGACUAUGCCAGCAAGAGCUAUGAUGCCGUUGUCUUCGAUGUCCUGAAAGUGACUCCCGAGGAGUUUGCUAGCCAGAUCACAUUAAUGGACAUACCCGUGUUCAAAGCCAUCCAGCCAGAGGAACUAGCCAGCUGUGGAUGGAGUAAGAAGGAGAAACAUAGUCUCGCUCCCAACGUCGUGGCCUUUACCCGGAGGUUUAACCAGGUCAGUUUUUGGGUUGUACGAGAAAUUCUAACAGCACAGACUUUAAAAAUAAGGGCAGAAAUCCUGAGCCAUUUUGUGAAAAUAGCCAAGAAACUUCUAGAACUCAACAACCUUCAUUCUCUCAUGUCUGUGGUGUCCGCAUUACAAAGUGCACCCAUCUUCAGGCUGACAAAAACCUGGGCUCUUUUGAAUCGAAAAGACAAGACCACCUUUGAGAAACUGGACUACCUGAUGUCUAAAGAAGAUAAUUACAAGCGGACUCGGGAAUAUAUCCGAAGCCUGAAGAUGGUUCCCAGCAUUCCUUAUCUAGGGAUCUAUCUUCUGGAUUUAAUCUACAUUGAUUCUGCAUAUCCUGCCUCAGGCAGCAUCAUGGAAAACGAACAAAGAUCCAAUCAGAUGAACAAUAUUCUCCGAAUAAUUGCUGACUUACAAGUUUCCUGCAGCUACGAUCACCUCACAACCCUGCCCCACGUGCAGAAGUACCUGAAGUCUGUACGCUACAUCGAAGAGCUCCAGAAGUUUGUGGAAGAUGACAACUACAAACUGUCUCUCAGAAUUGAACCAGGAAGCAGCUCCCCAAGACUAGUGUCUUCCAAGGAAGAUCUUGCAGGCCCCUCUGCUGGCUCCAGUUCUGCGAGGUUCAGCCGGCGGCCCACCUGUCCUGACGCCUCUGUUGCUGGCAGCCUCCCCACGCCCCCAGUCCCGAGACACAGGAAGAGCCACAGCCUGGGCAACAAUAUGAUGUGUCAGUUGAGUGUAGUUGAGAGUAAAAGUGCGACAUUCCCAUCGGAGAAAGCGAGGCACCUGCUGGACGACAGCGUCCUAGAGUCCCGCAGCCCCCGCAGGGGCCUCGCCCUCACCUCCUCCUCUGCUGUCACCAAUGGACUCUCCCUCGGCAGUAGUGAGAGCUCAGAGUUUAGUGAAGAGAUGUCUUCAGGGCUGGAAAGCAGGGGACGUCUCUAUGCCACGCUGGGGCCCAACUGGCGGGUUCCAGUUCGGAAUUCUCCCAGAACCCGGAGCUGCGUCUACAGCCCCACCGGCCCGUGCAUCUGUACUGUGGGGAGCUCGGCAGCGGUGCCCACCAUGGAGGGGCCUCUGAGAAGGAAAACUUUGCUCAAGGAGGGACGGAAGCCCGCGCUGUCCUCGUGGACCAGGUACUGGGUCAUACUCUCAGGAUCCACCCUCCUGUACUACGGAGCCAAGUCCUUGCGGGGCACAGACAGGAAACACUACAAAUCCACACCUGGCAAAAAGGUCUCCAUUGUGGGCUGGAUGGUGCAGCUGCCCGAUGACCCUGAGCACCCGGACAUCUUCCAGCUGAAUAACCCCGACAAAGGCAAUGUUUACAAGUUCCAGACUGGUUCCCGGUUUCAUGCAAUACUGUGGCACAAGCAUUUGGAUGAUGCAUGUAAAAGCAACAGGCCUCAGGUAAAGUCACCGAAGUCCUGCUUGUCACCCGAAAUACCCUCUCCCACCCUUGGGACUAAGGGUCCAUAGAAAACAGGGCUCCCCGCUCCCCUCAGAGCCUAUCAGUGCCUUUCCCACUAAAGGAAAUACCAUGGAAACAUCCAUCAAGGCAGGCAGCAGGUGGGCUGGUGCCCCAAGCAUCACGCUACAGCAUCUUAUUUAGGUCAUCCCCCAAAAGCUGAUUCAUGGGCACACUCCAGUCUGACUAAAGGGACUCCCUGCCCCGCCACACACACACCCUUAGGAAUAGUAAUACUAACAAAUGGUUUGUUGAGAGCCAGUCAUGGCUGCUGAUGAAUGGGGCUCUCUGGCUCCUUGGCACGUUUGAACCAAGGAAACCUCUGGUCUGUGGGGCCUAGCUUGAGGCUCUCUCCCUCCCCCACCACCGCCAGGAAUUGGCUGUAUCCUUCCAGCAUCCCUGUGAGGUAGGUUCUCUUACUGUCCCCAUUUUAUGCUGAGGACACUGAGGCUCAGAAAGUUCCAGGCACUUGUUUAAGGCCUGUGGUUAGUGAGAUCUAGGCCAGGUCGGCCUGACACCAAAGUCUGCGCUUGCCGGCCCUGAGCUCUCGGGCUGCACACUUCAGAGAGCCCUGGCUUACAGCCACACACCAUACAGGGGCAGCCUGGAGCUCGCUGCCCCCCUGGGGGUCGGGUGGGCAGAAUUUGGGGUGCUGGUGCCAGGAUGGGUACUCCUGUCCCUAAGCUCCCUUGUUCGCCAGGGGUCAGCCAGAAGAGGGGCCUGGGGAGCUGGGUCCCUCUCCUCAGCCUGGGGAGGGAGCACCAGGGCUGGAACAUCCGGAUGGUGGCAGCUUUGAGGAGGAAGGUGGGGAGCAGCUCUGAGGUCUGAGGAGACGUCACCAAAGGCGAGCUCACGACCUGCGGCGUGUGGCCUGUGGCGUGUGGGUCUGGGAGGGCAGGGGCUUCGGUUGUGCUGGUCACAGCGCAGUCAUGGACUUCUCAGCUCUUCAGAGUGGUUCUCAUAAAGCAGAGGAAGGUCUCUAGUGGCCUCUCCCAUGAUUCUGUGCUCAGUUUGGGCCCAUUCGGGAUUUUUAUCUGUCACAUAGGUGGGGACAUAAAGGACAAGCUGAUCAAAGUAUCCAGGAUAAGAAGCUAGAAAGCAGAAUUAGCAGAAAGUCCUUGACAAACUGAAACAGUGGGACAAGACUGGUAUAGGGAUAAACUUGAGGUACCACAGGGAAGCUCAAAAUAAAUUGCAUUUGAGUCCCUCAACUCACUUGCUAGGAAUUUGUCCGAGGCACAAGCUCACAGGCUCACAGGUAUUACGAACGUUCACAGUAGCAUCAUCCUUAAUAGGGAAAAAAAACCUGGAAACCUCAGUGACCCUCAGUAGAUCCCUGUUGUGCAACCCGAUAGCGAUUAGAAAGGCAGAAGCAGGUCCACGUGUGGUCACCUGAGAGGCGCUCAGGACAGAAGUGAAAGAGCAAAGUGCAAAAACACACGGAAGGGUGAUCUCCUUGCAUUAAAAUACAUGUGCAUGUUUAUUACAUGCGUGUUUGUGCACAUCAAGUUUCUACAAUGACGUACAAGAAACUACAGUUCUACGGUUUCUAGAGCGUAUUUUGUGCAUUAAGUAAAUGUAGUUGUCCAUCUCCACGAUCGGGAGGCCGGAGUCUUUGGUCAGCCGUCACCUCAAGGCUUGAACAAGGCUGGUGCCACCUCAGGCCACAUUAAGACAGGAAGAGUGACCUGACCUCCUCGGCUCACCAUGCCUGCCCAGGGGGCCCCUCCUUAGCUUGGAGGGCCCCUCUGAGAGCACAGCGCCCUGGACUUGCCCCCACCCCCCCACACAGGUGGCCUGACACCUCUGAGGAGGAGUGACAGGGACUGAUAGCCCUGAGGUGGGCCGCACACAUGGUGGGGUGGAGAGAGAGGCAGGGCCUUGGUGUCUGCCCCAGGCAACAGCCAUGGUGAUGUGGGGGCCCCAGCCAGCGGCAGGGAUGGUUGUCCUUCUCUGGGUGGGGGCAGCCUGAGGGUAGCAGCAAGUAGCAGGGAACUGGGUCAGACUCACUUGGCAGAGGAGAUGUUUGGUCAGUGGGACAAAUGGACUGAAUUUCAUGUGUGGCAAAUGUGGUGUACCAUGACAAAGUUUUGCAACAUGUAGGUGUCUUUGUCCAGUUUUUAGAUCUAAGGGGGCAGGGUAGGGGAGUGGGAAUCUUCUAUUUUUUUUCUACUUUUCCCCUUUCAAUUUCUAAUUUACUUUCAACCAGAUAUUCCCACUCUAUGUUGUAUGUAAUAAUGAAAAGUUGGCAACAACUAAAUAUCCCACAGCAGUGGAUUAUUUAAAUAAGCCACAGUACAUGCAUGGGAUGGCUUACAAGGGGGUGCGAUGAGGGAUGUUAGCAUCUAUCCCCAAAGCAAAUCUCAAAACUUGGAUGAAUUUUCUUUUCUGUGAAACUGCAUUUCCUAAAAUUGUAUAUACUGACACUGAAUACACUUAAACCUUAUUUAUAGCAUACGUGUAAGGUGUAAACCACAGCAAUAAAACAAACACCUGGUAAAAAAACAAACAAGCAAACAAACAAAAAACACCUAGUACCACCAGCCUAAAGGCAGGACCUCCCCCAGGCCUCGGAACACUUCCUUCCCAGGGUCUUCUUCCUCGUUCUGUCUCCCUCCCACCCACCUGUGCCCCAUAACCACUCCCCUGCCUGAUUUGUUUGUUUACUGUUCCUUUAAAAUGUUAACACAUGUAUUUGAUUCCUUAAUGUAUUGUCUGGUGUACAUUUUUUAAACUUUUUUUUGAAGAGUGAUUCAUUUAUUUAGGUUUUUGGAGGGGAGUAAGGGUGUAAUUAGGUUUAUUUAUUCUUUAUUUUUAGAAGAGGUACUGGGGAUUGAACCCAGGACCUUGUGUGUGCUAAACUUGUGCUCUACCACCCUCCCCCCUAAACUUUUUUUUUAUAAAUAGAACCAUAACUGUAUAUUUUCUUCUGUGACUUACUUUUCUCCUACAGUGUGUUUGUAAGAUUCAUCUGUCUUGGUGUCCAUAGCUGCCAUUCACUUAUUUGUAAUGAUUUUUAAACGUCAGUUCUUCUGUCCGUGAUCCCAAGAAUGAUUUCCUGCUUUUUGCUAUUUUGAACAGUGCUGCUAUGAGCAUUCUUAUAACUGUCUCCUGGUGCAAGGAGAUGCUUUUUUUCCAAUUCAUCAUUUUGACCAAAUUGGCACCAAGAUGGAUUUGUUUUUGAUGAAACUGCUUCUCAUCAAAUCUCCUGGAACCCCACGGCCAUGCUGGGGGAGGAGGCCUGGGGCUGGGGGUGUGCUAGCAGCUUUGAGAGGAGAGGGGAACACCCUGGACCUGGGGCUGGUGGUCCCCCCGAGUAAAAGGUGCUGGGAUCUGGUCCUGGGGACACAGGUAUGGGAAAGUCUUGGGGUUCCCAAUAUCCCCAAACUUCUCCUUUUUUUUGUGCUUCUGCUUGCCGACUCCUGCCACCCCUCAACCACCAACCUCUCCCACUGGUUUCCCCUCCAGGGGCAUAUGCUUAUCCUGCAGGAUUGGUUGCCUCUCCACUCCAAAUGCAUUUGUAUUUUUGACCUGAGGGUAGUGGCUGAGAGCGUGGGCUCUGGAGUCUCAGCCCUGCCACUUACCGCAGUGUAUGCCACCUCCCUGAGUCUCAGUUUCCUCAUCUUUAUAAUGGGGAUAAUUCCAGUACCUGCCUCAUGCGGUUGUUGAGAAGACUCGAGGACACAGUCCGUAUGAAGCACUGAGAGCCCUGCUGGGCACAUGGCAGCCCCGUAACAAAGGGCAACUAUUGUUUUGCCAUGCCCUCCUCCCCCUACCUGCUCAUUCACAGACUGACUGGGAAAGGCCUGGUCUCUUCCCUUAGGGACCACCCCCUGUCUUCUCCAAAAAAGUCGGGAACUUUGACCAGAGGCUGAGCUUUUUUUUCUAGGUACCUGCAAACCUUAUGUCAUUUGAAUAAGUCUCUGCAGGAUUUGGCGUGACUUCAAAGGCUUCUGGGAGCCCUGCCUGGGACUGGAGAUGAAGCGCAUGUCCUGGGCACCAGCUGUUGGCCGGGGUGCUGGGACACUCACAGCUGGACUUGUGGGAACGUGGCCCACGGCCUCAUGGUCCAGAGGGCUCCGCCGGUGCGGGGUCCACCUUCCGAGCCCCAGCAACCCUCAUGACACCCAUCUGCAGCACCACCUCACGGGGCCGCGGUUGGUCCCCAAACUGUAUACCCCACCCUCUCUCUCUGGGCCCUCGUCUGUCCACCAGCUGCUGCUGCGACCAGAGAGCAUCCGGCCCACGUUGGGUCCCCAGUGCUUUCUCCUGCACAAAACAGUGGACAGCGUGAUCCUAUGUGAGGGACCGGAGGGAAGGAACAGGCUGUGGAACUGGCUUUUUACACCCCAAAUGCGUGGGGUCGCUCGCCCACAGGGCUGCCUCAGAUUUUGUACAACCCCCGAAGCGUCCUCUGCGUGUGUGUGCUGUAUACGUGUGUGUGCGAGCGAGUGUGAACUCUUCGAGAAACAUGCAUUUUGGCACAAGACUUGUGACAUCACACACUUCAUUCUCUUUGAGGCCCUGCUUUAACCUUAAGUGACAGACUUGUCCACCGAGGAAGGUCAGAGUGAGAGCCCAGAUCCCCCUGUGUUAAGGGUCCCUCGCAUUCUUUUACUGUAAACAAACAAUGCCUUAAAUUGUGUCUUGUUUUCUGUUCCUAUCGGUGCUACUCAUCUGGAAGGCCUGCUCCCUGGGCCCCUGGGGCUCUUCCAGGCCUAGUUGCUUUUGGCUCUUCGGAGACAGGACCCAGCUUCAGGACCGUGGACUGGGCCUGCUUGCUUCCUCCCAGCCCCUCCCCGCUCUUCUUGCCCCACCCCCGCGACAGAAUGAGAAGUCUCCACGCUUUCUCCCAGCUUCUCCAGGCCGCCUGCACUCAGUGAACGGCUGCAUGGAAGCUGCUUUGCACCGACCUCUCCCCGCAGGGCAAGGCUCUGGCUUCCCUCGUCUCACCCCUUUGCCUCCACUGCCAGGGCGGGGCCGCUGGGACUCCUGAUUACACUGGGGAGCUGAGUGACACUGAGGCCUUAGGCUUCCCCAGUCUUGCCCCCAAACACAGUCACCAGCAAGUUCUCCAUCAUCCAAGUCCAAGGGCACAACUGUUGAUGACCAUGGUGAUGAGAGCAAAGCCCUGGGGAGUGAAUGGUCUGAGCUCUGCUUUCGGUUAAGAGCUCGUCACGUGAACAACAUCUGUCAUCUGUCACUCUUUGUCCUAUUUUUAAAUGACUUUUAUUUUGCACAAAUACAUUUUUAUUUAAAAUAAUGAAUACAAUUAGCUUUAUUUAUGGUAGCUUUAUCACCAUAGCUUUCUCCCCCACCCCUAUCCCUCUUCUCUUUUUUUAAUCUGGGUGUCCUGAUUCUGAGAAGUUGCCCCUAAAUGAUUUUUCUGAAAGAAAUUGAAUUUCUGAGUCCUUGUCACUGCCAUGGUUUCAGAGUUCAUACUAAUCAGACACCAAACUACUCUUAAGAGUUUCUGGGGAAGAUGCUUCAAAGCAACAUCUUAACCAGUAAAAUGUAAUAGGUCGAUUUUAAAACUACCAAAGGACCCACUACUGUAUUUUGAUCAAACAGUGACAGCUUUUCUGAAAAUCCAAAUGAAUUGGUGAGGAAAGUAAUUGUCAUCAGGGUCUUAUUUUGUGGUUGAGCCUUACUGUGACCAGUAACUUAACCCUCUUUCGUAGAAAAGUCUAGAAUAUUUUCGUGCCAAGAGAAACUCCAGAUGGUAAAGUUGAUGCCAUCAGGCCUUGGCCAUCGGUGCUUUGCACACCCACCCGCAGCUGGGGUCCGGAUGCAUGCACCUGAUUUGUACCAACAAUGGCUCACAUUAGCGUCUAGAGGUUGGGUGAGUACACCAAGCACUCCAAAGCCCGCUCGCCAGAACCACGCAGUGUUAACACUUUAAACUACAUUGAAUCUGAUUCUACCUGUUAAUUUGUUUUAAGUCUUAAGUUUGAAUGAAAGUGCAGGACGGGGACAUCAGCUACUUAUUUUCCUUCCAUUUCUCUAUUCUUCAAACUGUCCUGGUUUUUCUGACAUGAGAUAUCAGAGACUCCAAUCCAAAAACCUCAACAUUUUGGGCUCCACUAAAUCAGGUAUUCCCUGCCCUUUACAGAUUUUUCUUGUCUUUCACAAAUGUUUUCCUCUGAGCCUGUGAAAUAGCACAAUUGCAGUUCUUUUCAAAGUGUUUAGUCUUCUCAUUAAUUGAGACUGAUCCCACAUACCCUCCCAGAAACAUUCUUAGAUUGGACUCUCCAACCUUGAACUCACCAGAAGGCUGUAAGGUACUUGGUUCUCCCAACAGGGGCUUAGGGCCAAGCAUGUGAGUUAAGUGCUGAUUGUUUUCCCAGUACUGGUUUGUCCCUCAGGCUACAGGUGAGGAGGCCCGCAAGCCUGGGACAGAGAGGGCCAGGCACAGACCCCACGGGGGAAAAUCCAUGGAUGGAUUCUUACCCUAGAUGGAAGCAUUUCUUGGUUUUGCUCCUUGACUGUCCAUAGUGCACAAAUGACUGUGAAAGCAUUGAAUGUGGUAGGUCUUGCAUGUAUAUGUUGUAUCUUCUUUUUCUUAAGCAAAGAGAUCAUGGCACCCUAGAAUGAAAAUGGUAGGCUGCUGCCUCCAGACUGAAGUAGGUGGCUGGUGUCCUCAUGAUGCCCCAGGAACAGCUCAUUCACCGCUCCUGGGAGAAAUUUUCAGUCCUCUCAGUUGAACACGUUUCAAAACUCAAGAUCCGCCAAGUGCAUUCUGACAACUGAAAUACUUCAUGGAGGUUGGAUUUGGUGGAAAGCAGUAGAAAUAUCGUUCUGAGUGUGUCCAGUGGGAGAGUGUGGCCUCCCUUCCCUCUCUGAAGAAGCCCGUUCAUUGCCCUGUCCCCACCGUGGAGCCUAAAAAGACACUUGAAAAGGGAUUCUGCUCCAGAAAGAACCCACUCUCUCUUGCCAACUGAAUUUAUAAAGCUUUUUUUUUCUUUUUUUACCAGUAUGCCAGUAUUCCUUUCAUUGUCUUCCUCCCACCUCCCAAGCCCAAGAAGUAUGUAUUUUAGGAUGCCAUUUUACAGGUGGAAAAAUGGUCCAUGAAAACGGGAAGACAUUGGCAAGCAGGGUCCACUUUCAUUCCACAGUUGGAGUCUAGAGCUCUGGACACACAUUACUGAUGCUCAGAACCAUGUGAACAUUGCUAAAAACAGAACCUAACUUACUUCUUGUGACUUCAUAAGUCACUUUAAUCAGACCCAAAUCAUACUGACAUGUUGGGUGAGUUCAUGUUUAAAAAAAAAAACUAUGAGUCCCUUUGAAAUCACAGAUUCUCUGUGUAAAGCCACUCAUUCGCCCAUUCAUUCUCAUCUCUACUUCCUGUGUGCCAGGCUCUACCCGGAUAGAAAUGGCUGAGGACAAGACAAACCCAUCCCCUGCCCUUGUGGAACUGACCACUCAGCGAACAAAUAGUCCUUCCCAUGCCAUUUCCUCUCUCUUAGCAAGACCCUGCCUCUCUCCUAGCACUGGGUAGAAACCCUGUGCAGAUUCCUCCAGAAAGGCUUCAAAAGGCUUACCAGAAUGAACAGCCUCUUGACCUGUGGGUUCAGUUGCUGUCCUAGUGGCUGGUUGGCACAGAGCUAUGGUUGGGCACAUUGGGGACUCCGAGGUAGAACGAGAGAGUAGGAUCAGAAUGUUCGCAGUAUUUACUUCAGAGGUUUUUGGGGUUUUAAUUUCAAUGUUUAAUACAAGUACAGCAUGAGCAAGCAUUGCACUUUCUUGGGUGUUGAGGACUCGUGCCACGGACCACCUCACAGCCUGUGCUGCCCAAGUGUGGGUUCGCCAUGGGCGGCCGCGAAGUCCCUGCUCGCAGCAGCAACACUGGGUCAUCUGUCGGUUCUAUAACCAUUAAUCUCUUUAUCCAUUUCUGAAUGACUGUGAGCAUUCCGUAAUGAAACAAUAGUAAUUAAUUUAUUAGUAUGGUAUAAUCUUUAAUAAAUUUCGUGCCAAAAUGCAUGGUUUUCCACUUAGCAUUCUAAAUGUUGUGUAGAGAGUAGUUUUCAAUUUCUUAUGUAUUCUUCCAAGUAAGUUGAAAAUCGAUUUUUACAUUUUGAUUCGUUUCUUGUUCAAUCUGUUGCACUCUCGGGCUGUCUUUUUUUUUCCAGCAGACCUCCUGCAUGCAGUUGUGUAAGGACUUUCCCUAAUUCUUGUGAAUUGUCUCAUCUGCAGUAACCACUGGACAUCAGCCCUCUGUGGAAUUUAGAUUUUUGGUGAAGUAUUUUGUUACCUCGGUCUUGUAUCAAGUUGCUGUAUUUUUCAGCUUGUUACACUGAUAAUAAUUGUUUCACUAAUUAAAUACUUUAGUGUAUAAACAUUUUUGUUUACCUCGAAAUUAAAUGUGUUUUCCAAUGAA